UAAGACCAGUUAUCUGUCUAUAUUUCUAGUCUCAAUCUACAUAAGCUCCUCGCACACCAGGUAUGUGUCUUGAUUAUCAUCUGCUUGAGCGCAGUGCCAGCGCCCAGCACACACUCUUGAAGGCAAGAAAGCACAGAGCUGACCAAGUCAUUCCUCAGAAGUCUCUUAAUAAAGUUGAAACCACUUACUCUGACAGUCACAGCAGGCAUGCUCUGGUCGCAAUCUCCUUUUCUGGCCUUAGGUCCGGCUUCCCCAUCCCACCCUUGCCGCAAUGCUGUUGCCUGGUGAAUCUGUGUACUUGCACAUCGCCAGACCUGUAUUCCUGCAGCGCCCUGGCCCAGGACGCCUCUCCUCUCCCGGCCUGAGAUUGCCACGCUUCCCUGGAAGCGCCCCCCAGGCAGCUCUGUUAGAGCAUUUACAGUAAUAACCGUUUACAUUUAUACAGGGCCUCCCACUUCAAAACCACUGCCAUCCGUAUCUGAUGCGUGCCCCACCAGUGAACGUAUGUGUCACACAGGCGCAGUCAGGGAGGCAGGGUGUGUCGAGCGGUUUAUCCCGCAACCCCGGCGUCCCCGGCAGGGAUGAAAGCGCAGGGCCCAGCGAACUCGGCCCGCAGCUCCCGGCCCUAGAGGACGCACUGUCCGCCGGCAGGGGCGUGCCCAAGACGCCAUGCUCUGGGAGAGGUUGGGCACCUGGCAGGCCGCCCCGACUCCGGAUCAGCUGUCCCCGCUGCCCGGUUUCGCCCUCGGUCCUGGCAACUGUCGCGUAACCACCCAUGAAAGCGUCCAUGCUUCGCCGUGCGAUAGCAUCUCCGGAACAAAUUUGUCCCUCUGCGCGAUCCGGAACUCCGAGGUCGUUCCUACGCGCCGACGUUCGCCUCUUCACAUCGGAUUGGGUCUCACGCAAGGAUGAGGCGGGGUUUCGCCGUGGCGCGCAUGCGUGCAGCAAAGAAUGGAGGAGUCGGAACCCGAACGGAAGCGGGCUCGCACCGACGAGGUGCCUGCCGGAGGAAGCCGCUCCGAGGCGGAAGAUGAGGACGACGAGGACUACGUGCCCUAUGUGCCGUUACGGCAGCGCCGGCAGCUACUGCUCCAGAAGCUGCUGCAGCGAAGACGCAAGGGAGCUGCGGAGGAAGAGCAGCAGGACAGCGGUAGUGAACCCCGGGGAGAUGAGGACGACAUCCCGCUAGGCCCUCAGUCCAACGUCAGCCUCCUGGAUCAGCACCAGCACCUUAAAGAGAAGGCUGAAGCCCGCAAAGAGUCUGCCAAGGAGAAGCAGCUGAAGGAAGAAGAGAAGAUCCUGGAGAGUGUUGCCGAGGGCCGAGCAUUGAUGUCGGUGAAGGAGAUGGCUAAGGGCAUUACGUAUGAUGACCCCAUCAAAACCAGCUGGACUCCACCCCGUUAUGUCCUGAGCAUGUCUGAAGAGCGACAUGAGCGCGUGCGGAAGAAAUACCACAUCCUGGUGGAGGGAGACGGUAUCCCACCACCCAUCAAGAGCUUCAAGGAAAUGAAGUUUCCUGCAGCCAUCCUGAGAGGCCUGAAGAAGAAAGGCAUUCACCACCCAACACCCAUCCAGAUCCAGGGCAUCCCCACCAUUCUAUCUGGCCGUGACAUGAUAGGCAUCGCUUUCACGGGUUCAGGCAAGACACUGGUGUUCACGUUGCCCGUCAUCAUGUUCUGCCUGGAACAAGAGAAGAGGUUACCCUUCUCAAAGCGCGAGGGGCCCUAUGGACUCAUCAUCUGCCCCUCGCGGGAGCUGGCCCGGCAGACCCAUGGCAUCCUGGAGUACUACUGCCGCCUGCUGCAGGAGGACAGCUCACCACUCCUGCGCUGCGCCCUCUGCAUUGGGGGCAUGUCCGUGAAAGAGCAGAUGGAGACCAUCCGACACGGUGUACACAUGAUGGUGGCCACCCCGGGGCGCCUCAUGGAUUUGCUGCAGAAGAAGAUGGUCAGCCUAGAUAUCUGUCGCUACCUGGCCCUGGACGAGGCUGACCGCAUGAUCGACAUGGGCUUCGAGGGUGACAUCCGUACCAUCUUCUCCUACUUCAAGGGCCAGCGACAGACCCUGCUCUUCAGUGCCACCAUGCCGAAGAAGAUUCAGAACUUUGCUAAGAGUGCCCUUGUAAAGCCUGUCACCAUCAAUGUGGGGCGCGCUGGGGCUGCCAGCCUGGAUGUCAUCCAGGAAGUAGAAUAUGUGAAGGAGGAGGCCAAGAUGGUGUACCUGCUCGAGUGCCUGCAGAAGACACCCCCGCCUGUACUCAUCUUUGCAGAGAAGAAGGCAGACGUGGACGCCAUCCACGAGUACCUGCUGCUCAAGGGGGUUGAGGCCGUAGCCAUCCAUGGGGGCAAAGACCAGGAGGAACGGACUAAGGCCAUCGAGGCAUUCCGGGAGGGCAAGAAGGAUGUCCUAGUAGCCACAGACGUUGCCUCCAAGGGCCUGGACUUCCCUGCCAUCCAGCACGUCAUCAAUUAUGACAUGCCAGAGGAGAUUGAGAACUAUGUACACCGGAUUGGCCGCACCGGGCGCUCAGGAAACACAGGCAUCGCCACUACCUUCAUCAACAAAGCCUGUGAUGAGUCAGUGCUGAUGGACCUCAAAGCGCUGCUGCUAGAAGCCAAGCAGAAGGUGCCGCCCGUGCUGCAGGUGCUGCAUUGCGGGGACGAGUCCAUGCUGGACAUUGGAGGAGAGCGCGGCUGUGCCUUCUGCGGGGGCCUGGGUCAUCGGAUCACUGACUGCCCCAAACUCGAGGCUAUGCAGACCAAGCAGGUCAGCAACAUCGGUCGCAAGGACUACCUGGCCCACAGCUCCAUGGACUUCUGAGCCGACAGUCUUCCCUUCUCUCCAAGAGGCCUCAGUCCCCAAGACUGCCACCACUCUACACAUACAGCAGGCCCCUGGACAGAAUCAGCAUUCCAGCUCAGCUGGCCUGGAAUGGGCCAGGCUGGUCCUGGCUGCCUGUUCCCUGUGCUCUUCAGAAUUACUGUUUUUGUUUCCUUUCACCCCAGCUGCCAUUAAAGCACAAACCUCUAGCCCA